AGCAGAUCAUUUCAUCCGGCUCCUUCCGGACUCCUCUCAGAUUAUUUCCCAUCCCUCCCUCAGAGACCAUGGCUGGAUUCUCUGUGAGCGACAGCACAGCGGAGCGUAUCGGCUACAUCACCCGGACCCAGAGCUUCAGCGCCUGUCACCGACUCCACAGCAUUCACCUUAGUGAUGAGGAGAAUAAAAGAGUUUAUGGAAAAUGCAACAAUCCCAAUGGUCAUGGACACAACUACAAAGUGGAGGUGACAGUGCGCGGAAAGAACUGCUUUGGCUGCAUCCCACAAUAUCGUUGGAUUCACAUUCCCAUCAUCGUUAACCUCCAAAUUGAUCGUCUCACUGGCAUGGUCAUGAACUUGACUGACUUGAAGAGGUGCAUUGAGGAAGUCAUUAUGAUUCCACUGGACCAUAAACACCUGGAUAUAGACGUCCCAUACUUUGCACGUGUGGUCAGCACAACUGAGAACGUGGCUGUUUACAUCUGGGACAACAUGGUGAAGGUGCUCCCAUCCAACCUGCUCUACGAGAUUAAGAUUCAUGAGACCGAUAAGAAUGUUGUCAUAUAUAGAGGAGAGUAGAGUGAUGAUAUAGGCUCAUUACCAAUACACCCCUUGCCCCCACUACUCCGCCCUGAGCCAUCAGUUUUGCAUGUUCAUGUCUCGAUUCUCGUUGGGAUAGAAGGGUAGGGCAAGUUGCUAGAGCUACAUGACUCUCCAAACCAAAGUUUUUCAAAGGCACACUCAAAACUGAGUUUUAAGAAAAUCAUCUGCAAGAUGGCUGCACAAGCAGCAAAAGAAAAGGCUAUUUGUUAAUAAAGAUUUUAAAACUUCACAACUCUUCACUUGAAAAUCACCAGUGAUAUGCUGAUGUAUUGGUAGCUAACAACCCUAGCUAGCUAAUGUAGCAUUGCUAUUGCUGAUUGCAUUUCCAUUCCUACAUUUUGCAUUUCCAUGUUGCAUUCUGCCCCCCUUUGAUCGCAUAUGACAUCCAAAAUUUAAUCGUAAUUGAAGGCCAGCAGUGAAGUUGCUGCUCUUGUCAGCACCCUUCUAGCAUCGGUGCAGACUAGCAGGGUAGGAGCACAGGUUACUAACUUAAGCUGACAGAGUACCGCCAGUUGUCUGGUAAUAAAGCAGUGUUCUUUUUUAUUUAAUGGCUUGUCUGAUCGAUUGAUAACGUUAAACUUGUGAAUGAUUUGUGAGCGUCCAUGCUUUUCUAUCUCCAUUAGAUAUAUGGCAAGUGUCAUAGUGAUAAUAUAAUUAUUGCCAUAGUUAUAUGUGUUUUUACAUAAAAGUCAUGAUGCUUACUGAUGACAUAUCAGGGACUUGAAGGGUUGUGGGUUGUCCCAUUUAAUAGGGGAAGAUUCCAGCUGUUCCACCUUAUAACUCUGUUCAAAGGGACACUUAAAAAUAAGGGGUAAGGGUAAAAAUUAGAAAUAGCAUUGGGCCAUAAUUUGGUGUCUUAUAUGGUAACACUUGUCAUGUAUAAAUGUCAGUUUAUUUAACUUCACCAUGUGCCUACCGUUGACUGCAGACUUUGGUUAGCUGAAAUAAUACGGAUUUAUGAAGGCUGAUAGAUGAUACUUUACUGACAUUUGCAGUUUAUUAGACCACUGAUUUCCAACCUUUCUUGUUUGGCAAACCCUGAUUACAGUGUGCAUUUGUAUACAGUUCAACCAUAGAGUGAUUGUUUUCUUGUUUUUGUUUUUUGUAACACGUUUCUUUAUGCUUUACCUCAUGUCCCACUUGAGGGUUCUAACCCCCUGAUAGAAAAACCCUGAUUUAGACCUUCAGGAGAACCCAAACUAUGAAUAAACCAUUCUUAUACAUGUGGGGUAAAUAAUAACAUGUAUGUGCCUUUCAUUUUCAGUAUAUCAGUUCCAUUUAUCAGCAUUUUGCUUUAUUCCUGACAUGGACAGUUUGACUCUUUCAUAGUAAACAGUGUUUCAACUGUAACUGUAGAGGGUAGGAGGAAUAAUUAUUCUAAUAUGAAACCCCACAUUGAAAAAAAAUGUGAUGUGGUUGUGGAGAUUUUCACAGUGGCUCACCAGACUCCUUGUGAACUAGUGAAAUAUUGACACCUAGUGAUAUUAAACUGUACCUCUUUCCAGUUGUUGCAUUAAACCUGAUUGUAAAUGAUAGAAACCCUCACCUCCCCAGCAAAGAACACUUUUCCCAGAACAUCUUCAGCAAUGAUGUCAUAAGCUUCCCCACUGUGUCCUGUCUUCACAAAGCUUUCUACAGCAUGUGACAAAGUACUUAACCGGCUCAGGGACCUCCUGUAGAAGAAAAUGGAGACAAAAUCAGGAUAAAGAAAAUCUUGUCAUUUGAAUAGUGCCUAAAUAAUAAAUGAAUAAAUAAAUAGCCUAAAAUGCUCACUACAGAGCAUGGCCCUCUCAGAUGCAAUAAAUCCCUCUCUCUUUAGGGCCAGCUCCCACUGCCUCCUCCUCUCUUCAUUUUUGGGAAGCCUUAAAAAUGUGAGGAAGUGGCCAUAAAUAUAAAUAAUUGUCAAAAUUGUCCACCCUCCACAUGCCAUGUGGGGAUAAGCAUGAGCGACGUCCAACUAAUUAUCUGUGUAAGUAUAUUUUUUUGAUGCGGUCUGUGAUGUUGGAAGGUAUGCAUAUUAGAAAGUGAAACUGAUGGUGUUUCUGCCUUUUGAAUUGAAAAAUGUGGGCGAUAUCUGAGCACAUGGUAGUUAAUUUUAGCUAGCCUUGCAGCUAGCCAAUUAAUAUCAGAAGCUUAUAGCAAUUUUUGAAUUUUCAGCUUUUUUAUAAUUUGACAGCCUCCUCGAAUGCAGCAAUAUUUCCGUUAAGAGUGCUAAGAGUGUAUUUUAGCAUCAAAGUAUAUCAGAAUGGCAAUUACAUCAGCGGGUUGGGGGUGUGGUGCGGACAGUUGUAGUGACAUGGUGAAGUUUGUAGGGACACACCUGGCAGCAGAGCUCUCAGUCAUGAGGCAAGAAAGCCUUAAAAAACUUGUGCUGGUGACAGUGGCCUGCAAGUGGCAGACAGAACAUUUUCUUAGCAGCUGUGUUGAGAGGGUUCAUUAGUGUUUUAGCCUCAGCCUCACAGCUAAGGGUAAGCUAGCAGAGUGAGUGAGUGGGCUGUCAAGAGUGAGGGAGCAAGAGUCUUCGUCAGGGCAGGGCAGACAGGUGUGCCUCUUGCACGGAGCUGGGUGAGCAAUAUUUUUGAAAUUUGUAAUACAUUGCAGAAUGUUGUGACAGGAAUGAGCAGUCUGCUCCACCUUUGUGCAUGAAAGAGUUUUGAUGAUUAUUGCAGUUCUGGGACAGCAGAAAAAAGUGUUUUAAACACCUAAAAUAAUUAGUUUAAGUGUGUGCAAUAUCAGAAUAUUUUCACCACUGUGUCUUGCUGUCAGACAGUCCUUUCUGAUGGGGAACUGAAGGUGUAAUGUCCAUGUAGGGUCCUGUCAAACCCACCAGACUCCUUUCACAGAACACAGCAGUUUCUGGUCUACUGCUACUGCGAGCAGUUAGUCUGGGUUACUGUGUGACUUUUGUGUUUUAGCACAUUAGUUAAGAUCCAAACUAACAUUAGUUGCAGUGGGUUGUGUUAGCAGUAGACCAGAACAAUGUCCUGUGAGGUAAAAUUACAGGCAGGAGUCUGAUUGCUUUAAAAUGUGUGACUUGCAGAUUCAAAUCCUCAUCGGAAAAGGCUGUCUGAUGGCAAGAUAAUGCUGUGUGAAUACUCUUACCAUAGUGUACACUUAAAACUAUUGACUGUUUUCUGCUGCCUCCAUCCACAGCAGAGAAUUGCAUAGCUUCUGUUUAGGGACUCCUGCUUCUUCUCCAAAUUGUGGGCAAGUACCUCAUACAACCACACUGAAAUAAAUCUGAACAGUCACAUUGUAACAUAAAUAACAUACAUGUACGAUGAUAAACAAAUACUGUCCACUCAGUAUAAUUGUAUUACUUUUUAUUGAUUUUCUUCCUCUUAUUUUCUUCAAAGUAAUAUGUUGACCAGUCUGGCUACUUCAGCAGUGUUUUGCAUCAUCCUAGGAGAAAAUGACUCCAAAAAAUUAACCUUGCCUUAGGGAAUACAAGGCUCUGCUGAGGAACUAAAAAGUGAGAUACACAGACAAGGUGAAGUGUGAGGAGACUUUAGACUACAACUAGAAAAUGCAUUUCCUGUGGAAAAUGCAUGUGAUGCUGAAUUGAAGAAAAUGCUGCAAUGCUGAAAGUGCAGAAAUAUCAAAUUGCCACAAAUAUCUGAAAAUCCUUACAGAGUUGAACGUUGUGACAUUUGAAUGGUUUCUAUAGCUAAAGGUAUGUAGAAGUAGUAAGUAAUCAAAACAUAUACUUCAGAAGUAGUAGAAGCAGUACUACUACUGGUAAAGUAUGAGCAGCAGUUGCAGUAGUUCAUACUUUAAACAGCAUAAAAAGUAGAAACAAAGUGAAGUAUGAAUGUCCUUAAAGAACUAAACAUUUUGACAUUUGAAUGUUUUUUCUAGCUUCAAGUAUGCAGAAGUAGUAGUUAAUCACAAAAUGUACAGGCGUAGUAGUAGUGGCAAAAGUAGUAGAAGCAGCAUUGGUAAUAGCAAUAGUAGCCUAGUAGAAGUCAUGGUUAUAGUCAUCAUAUCACCAGUAUUAAUAUGAAUAUAUAUAGUAUAUGUCUGUGUGUUGGUGUGUCAGAGCACUAGUAGCACUAGUAUUACAGAAACAAGCAGAAACUGAAGGAGGUCUGAUCAGCUCAUCACAGUAUCCUUUAUCACGCUUCUAGGUGUUUAUCACCUGCUGAUAAACACCUAGAAGCGUGAUAAAGGAUGUUUAUAAACAUGCACACUGUUGCCAUGGUGAUUAAUGAGGGGCACCUGUGAGUGUGUCUGUUUGAAAGAGCCAUGAUCAGAACACUGGUUAGAACACAGAACCAGUGCUUGAAAAAGACAGUGUAGAACCAAAGUCUUUUAGGUUGACUGAGAAAUCGCAGUUUUAAAAAAAAGUCUCUACAUGUGGGCUUUGCUCAAACUUGAUGACAGAAAAUAACAUUACAGCCAGUGGGAGGGAGAAGGGACCUCUUGUUGCUUGAGGCAGAAAAUUCCUACUGCUUAAAUACAUAGCUAGAUAAACUUUAUUGUAUGUCACAAAGUGACAGAAAUUCAUCUUUGACAGGCUCAUAAGUACAAAUACAGAAACAUUAAAGCAACAUUGAAAGCACAAUACCAAAGCAUACAAACAGGGGAUGUUAAAAAAGCAACUCGUGUCUAUUUCUGGUUGUCCAAAGUGGUUAUUGCAGAGGGGAUGAAGGAUUUUUUGUAAAUGUUUUUCCAGGCCAGUGGAACCUUAUAACGUUUCCCUGAUGCCAGCAACUGAAAGCAGUGGUGGAGGGGGUGAGAGGAGUCUUCUGUGAUCAGGGUGGCUUUCCUUAAAAAGAUUCAUUCCCUCACUGUUACAAGUGAUGUUGUUGGUGUAAGCAGAAAAGAGAACUGGAGAAAAAAAACACAACCCUGGGGUACACCUGUGUUUAUUGUUUCAUUUAAAACCUUUAAAAAGCACCUGUUGUGGUCUGUCAUAUGAAAAGUUCCUAACCCAUAAAACCAGUGUGGGAUGAACUUGAAGGUCUAAAAGGGCAUACAGCAAGAUGUCUAUGUGCACAGUGUUAAAAGCAGUCCGUAAAUAAGAUCCUGAUGUGAGGGUGUGCAGAGUCCAGGUGUUUAGUAUCCUCUACACCUCGUUUUGCCUUGUAGGCAAACUGAAAAGCAUAGAUAUUUGCAUACCCAAAGUAAAGCUGAAAAUGUCUGGUUUUGCUUUAUUUAUUGAAUUAAGCCAAAUAUUCUUAAAAUCAAAAUUAAAUUGUAUUGUAACAAUUGUAACAAUUAAAAAUGUCACCUCCACACACAUAGGCCAACUGUAUGCAGUUUGUAGUUUUAAGCUUGAUUAAAGCCUAGUUAUGAAAUUUUCUUUAUCCAUUCAUCCAUCCAUCCAUCCAUUUACAUCUGCUUAUCCGGGGCCAGGUCGUGGGGGCAGCAAGCCAAGCAAAGGAUGUCCGAGCUCCUCACCCUAUCUCUAAGGCUGAGCCCAGCCACCCCCCUCUGUACAUUAAAAAGGAAAUACAAAACCAUUUAAACAAAUAAGCAAACUGUUUUACUGAAUUUUAUUUAUUAACACCCAAAGUUCAUGACCAUAGGUGAGGGUUGGGACAUAGAUGGAACAGUAAAUUGAAAGCUUUGCUUUCUGGCUCAGCUCACUCUUCACCACGACAGACCGGCACAGCGCCCGCAUCACUGCAGAUGCUGCACCGACCCGCCGAUCCAUCUCACGCUCCAUUCUACCCUCUCUCGUGAACAAGUCCCCAAGAUACUUGAACUCCCUUGCUUGAGGCAGUAACUCUCUCCCAACCCGGAGAGUGCAAACCACUGGUUUCUGACAGAGGACCAUGGCCUCAGACUUGGAGGUACUGAUUCUCAUCCCAACUGUUUCACACUCGGCUGCAAAAUGCUCCAGUGUAUGCUGGAUAUCACAGUGUGAUGGAGCCCACAGAACCACAUCAUCUGCGAAAAGCAGGGAUGCAAUUCUGAGGUCCCCAAACCGGACCCCUUCCUCCCCCCGGCUGCACCUCGAGAUCCUGUCCAUGAAGAUCACAAACAGGAUUGGUGACAAGGGACAACCUUGGCGGAGGCCAACACCCACCGAGAACGUGGUCGACUUCACACCAAGUAUGUGGACACAGCUCUCACUUUGGUCAUACAGGGAUCGAAUGGCUCAUAGCAGCGAGCCUGGAACCCCAUACUCCUGUAGUACCCCCCACAAGACCCCCCGAGGGACGCGGCCAUAAGCCUUCUCCAGGUCCACAAAACACAUGUAGACUGAACUCCCACGCCCCCUCCAGCAGCCUUGCAAGGGUAAAGAGCUGGUCCACUGUUCCACGACCAGAACGGAAUACUCAUUGCUCCUCUUGAAUCUGAGGUUCGACAAUCGGUAGGAGCCUCCUUUCCAGCACCCUGGAGUAAACUUUACCCGGGAGGCUGAGCAGUGUGAUGCCCCGAUAGUUGGAGCACACCCUCCGGUCCCCUUUUUUGAAGAUGGGGACCACCACCCCGGUCUGCCACUCUGCAUUAAAUUUUCUUUAAUGAUCUAUGAUUCUUUUACUUUGCAGCAUCUUCUCCCAGCCACCUCAUCAAAACAUAGCCUACAGAGUAGAUCCUCUUUAAAAAUCCAACCCAAGGGUCUUUUAAGAGCCAUCCUUCUCUGUUCUAUUCAUUUCACAACUUUGUCUUUCUACUUAUCCCUGUUUACAUCUAUCUGGCUCUUUUCUCUCUCUCUCUCUCUCUCUCUCUCUCUCUCUCUCUCUCUCUCUAGUUUCUA